UAUAAAAAAUCCCCAAUUCCAUCCCUUUUAAUUCGAUCACCAUCAAAAAACCAUCCACACGCACACAUCCCAUCCCAUCCCAUCUGAUCAAUGGAUGCGGCGGAGCUGCGGCGCGUGUUCAGCAUGUUCGACCGCAACAACGACGGCACGAUUAGCCGGAAGGAGCUGAGCGAGUCGAUGGAGAAGCUGGGGAUCCACAUCCCGGAGAAGGAGCUGUCGCAGAUGAUCGACAAGAUCGACGCCAACGGCGACGGCUGCCUCGACGUGGAUGAAUUCGGAGAGCUCUACGCCGCGAUCAUGGAGGACGAGGGCCGAGGGGACGAGGACGAGGACAUGCGCGAGGCAUUCAACGUCUUUGAUCAAAACGGCGACGGAUUCAUCACCGUGGAGGAGCUCCGCGCCGUGCUGUCGUCGCUCGGGCUCAAGCAGGGCCGCACUAUUGAAGAUUGCAAGCAGAUGAUCAUGAAGGUCGACGUGGACGGCGACGGCAGGGUUAACUAUGAUGAGUUCCGCCAGAUGAUGAAGGGCGGAGGCUUUGCCGCUUUGACUAGUUAAAUUUCUUCUCCUUCCUUCAUUAACAUGCAAAAACCAAACCAAUUUUUUUUUUAAAUUUUACUACUAGUAUUUUCUUUUUAA